AUGGUAUCAAUACCACUUCGUAAACUAGGUAAAAAUGGACCAAAUCUACCUGCUAUUGGUUUUGGUACUAUGGGUCUGGCAGCAUUUUAUGGAGUAUCUCUUUCUGAUGAAGAACGAUUCAAAAUCUUAGAUCGAUUAAUUGAACUUGGUAGUACAUAUAUCGAUAGCUCAAAUUUUUAUGGUGAUAAUGACGAUUUACUUGGAAAAUAUUUUAAAAAAUAUCCUCAUCAACGUGAAAAGGUUUUUCUUGCUACCAAAUUCGGCAUUGCUUUUCUUCCAGACGGUACAAGAACUGCUCGAGGUGAUGCUGAGUAUGUUCGUGAACAAUGUGAUAAAAGUUUACAACGUCUUGGUCUCGAUUAUAUCGAUCUUUAUUAUGUUCAUCGUAUUGAUAAGAAUACACCAAUUGAAGAAACUAUGGGUGCCUUAAAAGAACUUGUUCAAGCAGGAAAAAUUAAAUACAUUGGUCUAUGUGAAUGUUCAAGUGAUACUAUUCGACGUGCUUAUGCUAUUCAUCCAGUUGCAGCUGUACAAAUAGAAUAUUCACCAUUUAGCUUAGAUAUUGAACAUGAAAACAUUGGUGUUCUAAAAACAUGUCGAGAGCUUGGUGUAGCAAUAGUUUGUUAUGCACCAUUAGGUCGUGGUCUAUUAAGUGGAAAAAUCAAAAGCCCGGAUGAUCUUGAAGAAAAUGAUUAUCGACGAAAAUUUCCUCGUUAUUCAAAAGAAAAUUUUCCAAAAAAUCUUCAA